CUUUCAGCUGGUAUUUUGCAAUGUUCUUUACUUGGAUACUUUUCGUUGCUACGGAGUAUAUAUUUCACCAGAUGAUGCACACAUCUUCUGUAGGGAGUCGUCACAGCUGAGCUCAGAAAGAAAACUUGGCUUCAAUUUUGGAAGCUACAAAGUCACUUUAUUUUUUCUGCUAUUACAGGUGAAAGAUGAAGUCAGGGAAGGAUUAGAAUUCAUUGAUCAUGUCUACAAGACAUUUGGGUUCGCAUAUGAGCUGAAGCUAUCUACAAGACCGGAAAAAUAUCUUGGAGAUGUGGCGACCUGGGAUAAGCUAUCUACUCUUUCAGUCUUUAUGUUUCAACAAUCAAUCAUGUUCGUUGAUGGUUAUUACAAAAAAAGUCCUUCUAUAGUCUUGAAAGAAGAGAAUCAGCUAGCAGGUAUGCUCAAUUUUAACUAUGGCUUAGG